AUGGGACGAUUUGUUGUACGCACAGUUCUGUUCUUUGCCACUGUUAUAGCAGCGUCAUUGUUACCAAACUUUGGUGUAUUCUUGGACUUGGUGGGAAGCUCCUCAAUGACUCUUCUUGCGCUGGUUCUACCAGGAUUAUUCCGCCUAUACCUUGAAGCGGGUUACAAAUUGGCGGACACGCAAAAAGGCAUUCAGGCUGACGACUGCUGUCAAUACCCAACAAUUAAACAGUACGUUACUUUAGUGCACAAAACUUCAUAA